AUGGACACAGAACAACCUAAUCAUUAUAAGACAGCCUUUGCAAUGAUUAUUAAACAGAAUGGUAUCACAAUACAUAAGGUCUCCACCAGAGUCACCGACAACAAAAAUAUCUUUUCAGCAGAACUCAUGGCAAUUAAAACAGCUCUAACAUGGAUCAAUCAGCAACAUAUCGAACAUGUAACAAUCUAUACUGAUUGCAUGUCCUCCUUACACGCCCUGGCUGACCCAGAACCCAGUUCAGUAAUUAUUGAAGAAACAAAACAACUAUGGCGCAACAACAUAAAAUUGAACUGGGUCAAAGCACUUGUGGGGAUCCAGGGCAAUGAGAAGGCAGAUGAGGCAGCCAAAAACGCCAUUAGCUCUAAGACAAUAGAUCUCCAGGUACUGAGGACCCCCAAACAGGUUUAG